AUGGUCUCAGAACCCACCUGCAUCUACUCAGCCCUCAUCCUUCAGGAUGAUGAGGUGAGGGCUCUGGCCAAUGUCAACAUCGGGAGCCUAGUCUGCAAUGUAGGGGCAGGUGGACCUGCCCCAGCAGGAGGUCCUGCCCCCUCCACCCCUGCUGCUCCAGCUGUGGAGGAGAAAGUAGAAGCAAAGAAAGAAGAAUCUGAGGAGUCUGAUGAUAACAUGGACUUUGGUCUUUUUGACUAA